AUGCUGGUGACCUAUUUGGAAGCCAGCCGGGACCUUUGCGAGACGGACUCAAUUCUCUUUGGCGCCGCACUGGCAGUCUGCCGUAUUAUAGGCGCCAAACUUUCCACGGCUGGACGCACUACUGGACAAAGUAGUGCUAUCCCAGCCUGGAGAACAAGAAUUGAAGAACGUAUCGCAAAGGCUAGGGCCCUCAUCGGCAGACUGAUAUGCUUCAGGUCAGGCAAUACCAGGCCAAGGAUUGUGCGCACCGUCAGGAUGGCGUUUUCUGGGACAAAUGUUAGUUUGUCCCAGCCGGAUAUAAUGCAAAAACUGACGGAGCGCAUAGACGACCUGAAGCAGAGAAUCGCUGCUUGGGGAAAGCGAAUUCGGCGAUAUACCGAGAGGUCGACACGGUUCAACCAGAAUCGUCUCUUCCAGAGUGAUCAGAAGAGGCUCUAUAAAUCAUUGGAGCGACCAAUGGUAAGUGGAACGGGCCCAGUACCGAAUCAGGCCGACACGGUCGCAUUCUGGCGCAGCCUGUGGUCAGAGCCCGUAAACCACAACGAGGGCCCUUGGACGGAAGUUGUGGCGAGUCAGUGUGCGGGUAUUACGCCCAUGGACCCCGUCACCAUAACGCCGGAUGACGUAGCUGAGGCGGUCCGUAGGGCCCCGAACUGGAAAAGUCCGGGACUCGACGGGCUGCAUCACUACUGGCUGAAGGGAACGGCAACCCUGACCCCAGAUCGGCUUCCUCAGUCUCGCUUGGACCGCGACGUAAGGAUGUCGUCUCAAUACGCUCCUGCUCAUGAUGACCAUGCGUUGGCUGUACAAGCGGUCGCCGACAUUAUGGUCGACGCCUUGAUAAUAGAAAAUCAUAAUAGGGGAGCGAUUUGGGACAGUAAAGAUUUAUUGAGAUAG